GGCGCCAAGAAAGAACAAAAAUCACUCCGAAGCGAAUAUCCUUCUCUUCUUCUUUUCACUUGUUUCGUUGCUAACAGCGCGAACCAAAAUAAAAUAAUGGCAGAUAAAGACCGGUACAUAGUAGCUCAGGAGGAGACAGGAUAUGGCUAUUUCGAUGCCGAAGGUGAGAGGGAACUUUUCCAAUCAAAGUCUCAAGACGACUUUCCUUUGACAUGGCGAGGCGAUCCUGCCGAGAACUGUGCAGAUUGGACAGUUGUCGUGGUUACAAAUGAGCUUAAGGCAGCAUCCUAUCAUGUGCAUAAAAACAUCAUGUGUUUUGGAUCGAGAGCAAGCAAAUUCUUCUCAAGGACUAUGUUAAAUAAGACUCCAAGCAAGAAACGAAGCAAACGCCAGCAAUUGUCGACCACAAAAGUUGAACUCAAUCAGCAAGAUGCAGACAAUUUCCCUCUGUUGCUAGACUUCAUUUAUGCACCAUGCGGGAAAAUGACGUCCGGUGGGACUGUCUUAACGGCGGCUUCGACAUUGACUUCCCCGUCGUUGUUGCCUGUUGUGAAUGAAGAUGACGGUUCUUCUUCAUACACGGUUGAAAACAUUUCAACAAACAAUGCAGUAUCCUUACGUCAUUUAGCAAAAAAAUUUGAGAUAGAGGCUCUGGUCCUUGCAGUGAACAAGUUUAUACAGCGAGACUUAAAUUUCAAAACUGGACCAGCUUACCUCUGCGCGGCUUCUGAAUACAAAGAUGAGCGUCUUCUGGAGUCAUCACGACGUCUCUGUGCAGAGAACUUUGAACAAAUUGACAUGAGAGAAUUAAUCAGACUUCCUUUGUGCCUUUUCCGCGUUGUUGUUCGGUGUCUGGAGUCUUUCGAAAGGGACAACAAAAGUUUGAGCUGCUUCCUUAGCGAGGUCGUAUGCCGUUAUUUGGAAAAACAUCAAAAAGAAAUAAAUGGUGAGCUACUUUUGGAACUCACUGAUUCGCUCGUCAUGCCAUAUAUUGCACCCGAGGCAGCUAUCGGUUUCACAUCAUUGAUCAAAGAGCUAAAAACUGAAAAUGCUGAAAAGCAUUUUCAUGCGUUAAGCAAUCUUAGUCGCCGAUGCGCGCAAUCUGUUGUUAAAGAAUACGGCUGGACCGACUUCUCGGUAAGCGCAGCUGUUGACGAGUACUUGGGUCACUCUAAAGACUUCAAAUUUGAUGAUCACGAGGGAUGGCGCGUUGAUAGUCUUCUAUUCGCGACCAGUUUUGCAGCCGCAUUGGAGCAGGCGCAAGAUGACUACGAAGAAGUAUUGGUGGAGCAGGAGCGACUUUCAUGCAUGGUUGGCGCUCUUCACCAGACAGUGAGCAUGAUGGAGGUUUUAAAUUCGAAGAAGGACGAACAUAUGACGAAACAGCAACGGGCUAUUGAUGAAGCGAAGAAGCAGAUCUUGGGUCUCAAGGACCAAAUCAGUAUGAUCAGUCAGCAACAACUACAGCGAACUUCGAUUUACCCUGCCCUUUACGAGCAAACGGAUACCGAAAUUCAAAUGGGUUCGUCAUUGGACUUUCGUCACGAGAAGGAGCAUCGGGAUGCACCGCCGCCGUUGCUUUCGUAUAGCGAGGAAACAUGGUCUCCGGUUAAGGAUUUGGUAUCGCCGUGUCAAGUUGGAUUGGACGUUCAACAAAAUAAGAGCAGGAGAAAGCAAGAGUUGAGAACGAAGGCUGAAAUGAGAUCGCGAAGUAUGCUUGUAUAGCUUCUACGGAUCGACCAGACAAAAAUAUUAGACGCGGAAAGAAUUUUAGGCGGUGCCAUACAGCAGCUAUAAACGCAAACUUGAUUUC